GGGGGAGAAAACGGAGGGAGACGAGGCCAAAAUGAGAGACCAAAACAAACAGCGGCUUCACGUUCAGGCUCCUUUACAUGCUGUAAAGUCACAUAACGGCUUUUCUUGUUGCGUGGGCAUUUUUAGCAAACGGCCGAGCCGUAGGCGUGAGGAACGGGGCAACGGGGGAGGCGGCGGCGGACGGAGGCGACAGCAGCGCUGGAAAAACGCUGGAGGGGAAAUAAAAACAACGUGAGAGAGUGCGGCUCCUAAAAUAAACCGCACCAGCCGCACUCAGGACGCGUCCCUGCGCCGCCCGCUCGUCUGUGGCCUUUAACGGCUUAGUAAAAGGCUUUAUUAGCGCAUUUAUUCUCACAGCUUUAUGUCAUUUACACGGAGCCAGCUGAUGCCUUCACUUUCUACCCAUGAGUCCAAGCGUGCGUUCGUGUGUUUUCCAGUGUGUCUAUUUGUCUGAAAAUGCUUAAACUUUUUAAAGCAUCAGUGGAGUUUGAAUGAUGAGCUAAUGCCAUAAGACGGAGCUGAUCCGUGAUCAGUAGCGGUCCUGGUCUAAUUGGGUCGGAACCCCGCCGUCAGGAUGGCCGAGCGGUCUAAGGCGCCACACUCAAGGCUCGAGUCCUUCCUGCUCUCAGGGACUUCUGGUCUCCGAAUGGAGGCGUGGGUUCAAAUCCCGCUCCUGACAGGGGUUUUUUAACCCCUCGAUGUCUGCGGCGGGACUUGCGCACGUUUCUGCGCAAAAAAACAUCUCCCUCCCCCUUUUAGCGCCGGCGGCACCGCUCCCAUCCGAGCCCAGGACGGUCCCACAGAGAACUUUCUGGGCUCCUUUGUCUCCCACUUCGCUGCGCUCCUCUCUCUGACUCAGACUUGUCAUCCGCGUUGCGCCACUCUAAACUUUGGAGAGCUCCCCCCUUUCUCCCCCGUUCUCUCUCCCUCCCCCCUGUCCACUUCACUCCCGUGCGUAAUUAGCCGGGGAGCGUUUGGAAACUUGUGACGGCGGCGAAGUGAUCUCGCUUUAUUUCGGACACCUGUUGCUGAGGACACUGUGCGCUCGGGCGCGUGCACCGAGGCGCGUGCGCCGCUGGUUUCGGACUCUUAUUCCUGCGACCGCUUGCGCACUGACGGGUCUUCCAACAUCUGCGUGUUCCCACAACUGGACUUUCGCGGUGACCCAGACGCGGUGUCUGGUGUAGUUUGGACCGAGCGGGACGGGAAAGCGCGGCCGUGCACGGGGUGCGCGCUUACGUGUGGAGGGGUUUCCCGUUCACUAACACCACCGUCCGGCAGCAGUUUCCGCCACAGCCCAACGGAGAGUCACACUUUCUGGACUUGAGUGCUUCGGAUGGUGGAAGGUGGCAGUUUUCCUGGAAAGUCAGACUGGGUCACAGCGCAACAGCCCGACGCUCCCCCGAACGCCGGCUGUGAGGCGGUGCCGCCGCGGACCAUGGACAACGGGCCCGUCCGGAGACGGCGACCCGGCGUCGCCCGACAUCUGCUGCUGGCGGCCGCCGUCCUCGCCUGCGGCUCCCAAAUGCUGGCGGUGGAGGCCAGUUCGUGGUGGUCACUAGCUCUGACCCCAAUCCAGCGACCAGAGAUGUACAUCAUUGGAGCUCAGCCCCUCUGCAGCCAGCUGUCUGGACUCUCUCAGGGCCAGAGGAAGCUGUGCCAGCUGUACCAGGACCACAUGAGCUACAUCGGAGACGGGGCCAAGACGGGCAUCAAGGAGUGCCAGUACCAGUUCAGACACAGGAGGUGGAACUGCAGCACCGUGGACAACACGUCUGUGUUCGGACGGGUCAUGCAGAUCGGCUCCAGGGAAACCGCCUUCACCUACGCCAUCAGCGCCGCCGGCGUGGUCAACGCCAUCAGCCGGGCGUGCCGCGAGGGCGAGCUCUCCACCUGCGGCUGCAGCCGGACGGCGCGGCCCCGCGACCUGCCCCGCGACUGGCUGUGGGGCGGCUGCGGCGACAACGUGCACUACGGCUACCGCUUCGCCCGCGAGUUCGUGGACGCCAGGGAGCGGGAGAAGAACUACCAGCGGGGGUCGCAGGAGCACACGCGCACGCUGAUGAACCUGCAGAAUAACGAGGCGGGGAGACAGGCGGUCUACAAUCUGGCAAAUGUGGCCUGUAAGUGUCACGGGGUCUCGGGGUCCUGCAGCCUGAAGACCUGCUGGCUGCAGCUGGCCGACUUCAGGCGCGUCGGGGAGUUUCUGAAGGAGAAGUACGACAGCGCCGCCGCCAUGCGCAUUGGACGCAAGGGAAAGCUGGAGCUGGUCGAUAAGCGCUUCAACAACCCGACGCCGGAGGACCUGGUCUACGUGGACCCCAGCCCGGACUACUGCCUGCGCAACGAGACCACGGGCUCGCUGGGCACACAGGGCCGCCUCUGCAACAAGACCUCGGAGGGCAUGGACGGCUGCGAGCUGAUGUGCUGCGGCCGCGGCUACGACCAGUUCAAGACCUAUAAGCACGAGCGCUGCCACUGCAAGUUCCACUGGUGCUGCUACGUCAAGUGCAAGCGCUGCACGACGCUCGUGGACCAGUUCGUGUGCAAGUAGCAGGCUGAGGACGAGGCGGGGGAGAGCGAGGGGUCGCGGACAGGAAGUGACGGAGGGCGAAGGACGGACCACGGGCCAUUUUGCUUUUUCAGGGUUUUGUUCAUUUUCUGACGAAGCUGCUCUUAACUCAAGCCCGCUCCUUCUCCCGUCGACAGCCGUGCGGCCAUUUUUGUGUGUAAUCAGCAGAAUGACGAACGGACAGGAAGGGAGGAGCAGUAGAUGGAAGGGGGGGGGGCGGAGGAAUCGAGCAGGGAGCAAUGGGAUGCCCUCCUCACUUUUCAGGCACCCCACUGAGAUUCUUGUUUUUCCUCCACUCCAUCACUUUCUGCUUUCCCUUUAUGACAUCCUGAUCAAAACCCUGAAGGAAGGAGGACCACCAAGACGAAGGGGCCAACAAAAUAGACUGACAUGGAAGAAUGGGUCUAAACCAUGGACAUUUACAACUAGUGUGAUAUAAGGAAAUAAAUAAAUGUAUAAUAAAUAAUAAAUAUACAGCUCUUUUAUUUAAGAGACUCCAGCAAACCUGAGGCACAGUUUGGACCAUUGCAGAUGUUGUGACUGUUUGAGUGUGGCAUCGUGUGACCUUUGACCCUGCAAGAGCAUAAUUGAACACAGAAGUUUAACGGUUGUACCAAUGAGAAAUGGGUGAACGAGGGGGUAGAAACAAGGGAGGGCGACUUGAUUGAGCUUCAAAGCUGUGUCACAGUGUCACAAAAUAAAUGACUGUUCUGCUGAAAGUGGACCAAGACGCGGUGCCACUCCAGCUGUUAGCCGCUCCAGCUGUUAGCUUAGCUUGUGCUCCAGCACCGGUGCGCGCGCCGCUCAUCCCCACACGCCGGCCGUCUGAACCAGCGGCCGGCGUGCGCGCGCGUGCCCUCCAUCAGCGAGACGAAUGUGCCGCAGCUGCCUUAAUGAACUCGCAGUGAUAGACGCGGCGGCCGCGCGACCGUGUCGCGAUGCGUGGAGGUGGCUACAUUCACGGCAGACCGUAAAUAACAAGCAUGAAGGGGAACGAACGAGCUGAAGACGACCGUUGAGUCCACGUGCUGUGGACAAAUGAAUGUGUGCGUGGAAAACACUAAAUGGACUGCAAUCUAUUAUGGGCUACUUUUAAAAUCACAGUACACCAGAAAAGAAAGUAUAUUUUAUUAUUGUUUUUCAUUCUGUUGUUUCAUUCUAUGUUUUAUACAUGAAUAUUACUGUGUAUGCUUUUGAUAAACUAGCUUUUGACAACUUGGAUUUCUUUCUUCUGUUGCUGAGUCUGCUGCCAUUUUUUGAUUUCUGGUAAUGUUUGACCCCCAUUUGACAUUUUCAUUCCGUUCCCGGCUACAGAUGCGUCUUUGUUUUGGAGACGGAUGUUGCUUAAUAGGAACAGCAAGUAAAACAGUACAAGACAGACUAGUUCUCAGUACAGCGCACAUACAGUGUGUGGAUUUGAUGUUCUGGAAAUAAGCUGCUGAUCUGAAACUAUGACAGUCAGUCAAAGGAACAGACUGUAACAGAGUAAAUGAUUCUAGACAUGAGCACUGCAGCAGCUGCUAAAGGUUGUUUCUUUUACUUGCUAAAUAAUUGAAAUAAGUUCACUUUGCCUCAUUUAAUAGUUUAAGAUUGUAAAAUUGUGAAAUCAAAAUAAUUGAUAGUUUUCAUAAACAUAAACACAAUUAUUCAAAGUGAAAAUCACCAGCGACAUUUUGUCAACCAUCAUCAUAUCAGUGUUAUAGUACAGACUACAGCUGAUAAUCAGAAGGUUUUCAUGAUCAUGCUGUUUACAUGUAUAUUGUUUUAAAAUGAGUAAACCAUAUGUUUGUAA